CAUGCUCUGUGCCCUCACUGUGCGGUUAGAUAUAUUGAUAUGUCGAUGUGGCUGUAUCCCUCACAGUAGAAUCGUAGUUUUAUUUUUUUAGAAGAAGCUGUUUAAAUAAUGAAAAUUAUAUUGCUCGCUGUGCUGUUUUUUCCUAGUUUUUCCGCUGGGGAGGAGGAUGAGCGCUUGCCUAAUAAAUGCGAAGGUGAGGCCUCCCUGGAUAAGACAAGCCGGUCGAAGGAGGUGCUGGAGCUCGGCGAGGUGCUGGACACAGGGAAACGCAAACGCAAGAUCAAAUACAACACCUCAGAGACGCGCCUGGCGGAGGCCAUCGACAACAUCUGCCAGGGCAUCCUGGAGUACAACGUCCAUGCCGAGAGGCCGGGCAGCCUGCGCUACGCCAAGGGCACCAGUGAGACCAUGAUGACUCUGAAGAACCUGGUGAAUAAGGGUGUGAAGGUGGAGCUGGGCCUCCCCUAUGAGCUGUGGGACGAGCCUUCAGUGGAGGUGUCGGACAUGAAGAAGCAGACGAUGCUGGAGCAGUAUGAAGAUGUCGUGGAGGACUGGUAUUUCCACCAUCAGGACCAGCGACUGGAGACCUUCCUGUGUGAGAAACGCGUCCUCAAGGGCUCUGACAUGGGCUGCCUGAAGGAGAUGUGGAAAGGCGACGUGGGGAAGAAGGGAACUCCGGAUAAGAAGACCGCAAGCGCAGGCGGGAGAGGGCAAGAGAAUACAGAGAAGGAGAGUGAGGGGGGCAGUGAGUCAGGGGCAGCACACACCUCACGGGAUGCAGGGGAGCUCUGAGAUGCUAUGGGCCUUACAUAUUCUCAGGAAUGUUAUUAUAGCCAGAUGGAUGGACUCUAUCCCCAAUAUAAGCUCUGGUGCCAAACGCAAGGACUGGCUACACUGCCACAUCAGAGACUGGAUAAGUGUGUCAUUUAACACUACAGCUACACGACAGCAUUAAUCACUCACUGGCUGCUGUGUCACCCAACGCUACAAAUAUGAGGAGGUGAUUUUUGAUUGCUCUCCUUUUUUUUAGGUGGGGUUUAAUCCUGUCCUGAAUGAACUAAACUGCUCAUUUUAGACUUGCAGUUUAGACUUGAGUGAGCCAGAGCCAACCACAGUCCCUGUGAUCGCUGUGAGAUCUUGAAGGAGAGAGCUGCCGCUACCUUUUUCUGCAACCGCCUGUUACAGUUUUUAGUUAGCCUGUUUUUUUAUUGUUACACUUCUUCUCAUUUUGACUGAAUGUCUUGAAAAGCAAAAGUUCCAAAACGGUAGUGUGAUGAGUUUUGGAUUCUCUCUUUCAGUGCUGUGAGUAUGAAACCUGGUUUUGGCUCCACUGUAGGUACUCCGGUGCAGUCGAAACUCUGCUCACCCCUGGUCAUUGAAUGCGGGUGCCAGUUCUUUUUUUGUGUUUCAGAAAAUGUAAUCAUGUGCUAAACGUAGAAUUUUAAAAAGUGUUGCAUUGCUGACUGAACUCUAAUGAUAAUAUCCAUUCUAGUGCAGCAGGGGGCACAGGCUACCUGUGUGAGGUAUUGGCUGUGAUGAGCUCCUGUAAGGCUGUAUAGAACAGCACCAUAUUGCUCAGUACAGUGAUCUGUUGCACAGUGUGUUUGAUUACAAUUUUAUAUUCUUUUUUGGUACAGUCUUAGAGUUGAUCAGUAUAGUUCUGCUUUAUAUCAUAACAGUUCAGUCUGGUUUAGUGGAGUUAAAUACCUAACCUUUCGUUUUUGUACACAAUAUUACUAUAUUAUG